AUGUUGUGGCCCUUCAGGCAUGCAAUUUCUGGAGGGAUUUUCCAACAAAGAGCCUUGAUAAAGCCAACGUUUAUCAACUCACUGCUUGAACAUCCUGUAUUUCAGAACUUACACAUAAAAGUUGGAGACAAAGCUGAACUUAGCAAGGCCUUUACACAGAAUGAUGUCAUUACUUUUUCUUAUUUAACAGGUGACACAAAUCCUUUGCAUUUAAAUGAAGAGUUUGCAAAGAAGUCUAGGUUUGGGAGAACUGUUGUCCAUGGAGUUCUGAUCAAUGGACUUGUUUCUGCAGUUCUGGGUACCAAAAUGCCUGGUCAAGGAUGUAUAUUUCUUUCCCAGGAGAUUCGUUUUCCAGCUCCUUUGUAUGUCGGUGAAGAAGUCACAGCUGCAGCAGAAGUGAAACGACUGAAAGGUUCUGUUGCACACAUUUCUGUAUCAUGUCAGGUCAGAGAAAGUGGGAAAACUGUUAUGGAAGGGAUGGUGAAAGUCAUGGUGCCAGAGAGUUAGAGCUGUUCACCAUGUGCAACUUCAGUAUAAAGAACCAAUUUAUACAGAACCAAUGCACACUUGGUUUUGAUUUUCUUUUGAUGUGACAUCACUUAAACCAGUAAAUUUGCAACAAAAACCUUUCAAAAUGCCUCAAAGUGCACAAACUUAACCUUGCUAGAAAUGCCUUAAAAUUAGAGCUUUUCCUUGUUUCACUGUGAUGAGUUCAACUGCCAAGGUGAAACAAACAGAGGUAGGCGCUAGCUGCGACCAAGUGGCACAUUGAGACAAACCUUUGUGCUUCCACUGUGGGAAUUUUGGGCUGGUGGGACUCACACUGAGGCUGUUCUUUCUGGUAAAGUUGUAGUCCACACCAGCAAUGUUCACUUAAAACUUGUUCCUUCUGUACAAAGCAGCUGUAUUGCCAACAAGCACCAGGGGAGGAGACCGUGCUGUGUUUUAAAAGUGGAACAGAAGUGAAGGUACUGACACACAUGUACUGCAAGAUGUGUUGUAAUCUGCGUGGCAGCUCCAGCUGAUGUUUCUUUUGAAGCUUGCCUCCCAGAAUGAGAGUGAAGGAGGCUUUAAAAAAAAUAUAUUGUCACAACUUUUACUUACUGUACUUGUGCUCCCGAGGGCAAGACAAGCAAGGGCAAAUGAUUUGAGUACUAACUAUAUGGCUUCUCCUUGCUUGAGUAUGUGAACAUGGCUUUCCCUUUGUCCACUUGUCCACACGGAAAGUACCUUGUUAGAGUAGACUUCUGGUAAAUUCAUUAGUAAAUCACCUGGGUUAAAUUAUUUUAGUACUGGCAUAAGAUUGUUAUACACUAAGAAACUUCUUUUAGGAAUGAUAGAGGCCGUCAGGAGUAAGGCCUCUAAUUAGUGGCUCAUAUAACUUUCUGGCAAAGUGUCUGUUAUCCCCCCAUCUUCUCUGCAGCAAAAAUGCAUUUGAAACUUUCUUUGGCUGCAAAUAACCUCAGAAGUUGUCUGCUAAGAAAAGAGAGUUUCUCCUCAACCUGUGAUGAAAGCUACUGGUGAAACAGCUGCUCUGCCUGAGUGUACUGCACUCUGACCCCAGGUGUUAGUCACACUGGAGCAGAGGGAGGGGUAAUGUUUAGAUGUUUGACUCCGUGCCUUCUCUUUCCAAAGCUUGGACUUUGGUCUGUUUGCAACCUGGAAGCUGUUAUUAGGAAAGGGUUUCCUUGUCUCUUGUCUGUAGAAGCUGUUUCACUUCCCAUCUCCUUUCCUUCUGCCUUGGGUCACUGCCUGUCACUGGCUUGUGCUGGACAGAGCACUUCAUCGAAGCAGGCCCCCUCCUUACCCUGCUCCUUGUUCAUCUGCCUCUCCAGGUGGGAAGUUGUCUUGUUAAGGCCUAUUAACAAAAUGAAUUAGAUCUAUGUCUGACCUCUUGGGUCACUGCAAGAGUAGUAGUUCAGAGAGUUGAGGGUGCUGUUCCAGCCUGGCUGCUGAACCACAGCAACACAGUCCAUUUUCCUCUCAUCAUGGAGCUGCAAAACAAAGAGAUGAAGCUGUUCGUGACACCUGCUCCAGGUGUAUGACAAACUCCAGCUCUGCAGUCUUACAACAUUUUAAGUGAGAGUAAUUCUUGUGUAUGGUGUAGAAAGAGGAAAUGCAGACAGGUGUCCAACUUGUAGGUUCUC